UAUGCUGCUGCAGAAAACAGCUAAGCAUUAUAUGUGCAUGGAUCUAGCACUGUAGUAUCCAUCUGGUCAGUGAAGACACAUUUUAAACUUUUUUUUUUCUAUAGGCAAUUAGAAAUGCAAAGCUCAGGGACAACAACAGAUCCGUAACUCUGAACUUGCUUCUUUUAUUCUUCAGCCUGGCCUCUCUCCUUUCAAUUCACUAACGAUGGUCCGUGAUCAGAUUGUUAACAGCUUGCCUUUCCAGCUGAAUCAGCAUGAAGUGAAAGCAAAGUGCAACGUUUUGUCACUUACCUUCAAAGCCAAUAUACUUGAAGAUAUUUGUUAAUCAUACACUAAACGUUGUGCACCCGGUACAUGUAAUUCAAGCAAGUAAUUUCUUAGCACAAAACAGAAGUUUGCAGGUGUUUUGUUGCUAUACAACCUUCAAAAACUUCAGGAUAACAGCCGUAAUGAUUAAGGCAGAAAGUUUGCCUCUUAACAGAAGGCAGAAGAAAACAUGUGUUGAAGUCUGUACCAGGGGCUUGGUGAUUCUAUGUACGUUAACAGCAGUCAUUCUUUCUUCCAUUUCAGUAUGUGAUGGUCACUGGCUUUUUGCUGGCAAUAAAGUUUUUGGCCUCUGGCAUUUCUGUACAAUUUCACAGAAUAAUGAUCUGGAAUGUACAAGAAAUCAUAGCAUAGCUAAUGUACCUGGAUUACACAUGGGAGUGAUUGUGUCAAGAUCCUUUUUGUCAUUUGCUGUUGUGAUGGCAAUCUUUGGUCUGGAGCUACUGAUCAUUUCACAGAUCUGUGAAGAUUCGCAGUCCAAAAGGAAGUGGUCGAUGGGAUCCACUCUGCUUGUUUUGACAUUUUUACUCUCUGCCUCUGGAGUGUUGUGCUUUGUGUUCCUGCUGAAAAAUUACAUUUCUUUCACGGGUUUCACUUUAAGUUACUGGUGUGAGUUUAUAGCAGCAUUCCUGUUUUUUCUUAAUGGCAUCAGUGGCAUUCAUUUAAACAGUGUUGUGUCUUUUAAGAACCAUAUCAGAAAAAUUCAGAGAAAAUAAAUAGUAUAAAUAUUACUUAUGUCCUGUUUCAUUUCACUGCCACUGAAGAUGACAACUGAGAUAAUCGAAGGCUACAGAUGCAAUCAAAUAGAUCUUUCAUUUCCUGUGAUUUGAUGACAGUGAAACAACGUUGAGACAUUUAUGGUUUUCACACUGCAGUAUGCACACAUGCACAUUAUAAACAUUUAGAUUCAUCUUGUUUAAUCACUACAAAUAAAGUUGGAGAUCUGUACAAAUGUA